AUGUACUAUGAGCUAGAUCUUACAGAUAAUGAGCAGAUUCUCCUUCUUGCCAAUCAACUGAAACACCAUCAUUUCGAUGUGGCAAUUUUCGCUGCCGGAGUUAUGUUGUCUCCAGAAAUCCGAACAUCAGAUGGCGUCGAGUUUCACAACGCGGUGAACGUAGUUGGACAAGUUAUGCUAUAUGAAUUGCUGCAAAAUGAGAUAAAAAGAGCAAUAUUCCUUUCAUCAGCCACAGCCAGAAUGGCAUGCUAUUCGAGAGAUUUGAAUUUCUUGAGUGUUUACGCUGGACCAUAUCAGGCAUACGCAUCGUCAAAGCUGAAUCUUGCAGUUUACGUAAACGAAGUUUCGAGAAAAAGACAUGUGACUGCAGUGAGCCUUCAUCCGGGAACAGUUCCAGGUCAUCUCUAUCACAACGCAAAUCCGUUGGUUCGAUACUUAAAUGCCACGAUUCUGCCGAAAAUUCUUCGAAAACCAGAAAUGGCAGCUAUUCUUGUUCUGCAUACAGUUCUACGAGAAGACAUACAACCUGGUGCAUACUAUGAAGAUACAGAAGUGGUGAACUUGGCCGAUUGCAUUCCAGAACAAGUUUCUGAGCGCUCCAGAAUAUACGAAACCAUUCAUCGGCAGGUCGAGUUGUGGAUGGAAUAG